GGAGUGAGACGUGGGGAUAUCCAUGGCUCCAGGGACAGAGGUGCUGCCUCUCACCUGCCUGAUGCUGCUCCUGCUCUGCAGAGCCCCGGGUGGAGGUGCCCAGGGGCGUGAGGACUUCAAGCUGCACCAGCCCCAGGACAAAGUGUCGGUGAAAGCAGGGGAGACACUCACUCUGAACUGCACCAUCUCUGGAUCCAGUGGUAUUGGUCCUGUGAAGUGGCUGAAGGGCUGGGGCAGUGGGAACAGGACCAUCUAUGCGGACACGGGCUCUGCUCCCCGUGUGACAAGAGCAGUGAACGGGUCAGACACAGACUUCACCAUCCACAUCAGGGAUGUUCAGCCCGAGGAUGUCGGCACCUAUUACUGCGUGAAGUUCACUCUGAUCCUGUUCAGGGUGAAUAAGGUGUUUCGGCGUGGAACUGGCACAGAGGUGUCUGUGCUCGCCCAACCCUCCCCCCCGAUCGUGUCUGGGCCCAACCAGAGAGCGGGGCCGGGGCAAUCGGUGGCUUUCAACUGCACAGCUGGAGGGUUCUUUCCCAAAGACAUCGGCGUGAAAUGGUUCAAGGACAGGGCCCCCAUCUCAUCUCAGCUGCCCCAGGUCACUGAAUGGCGGGAGAAAUCCUACAACAUGUCCAGCAGUGUGACAGUGGUCCUAGGGGAGGGUGACGUCCCCUCACGGCUCAUCUGUGAGGUGCAGCACUCCGCGUCACAGACCCUGCUGCGGGGGAUGUACCAGCUCAGCAGAGUCCUGAGAGUUUCCCCCAGUGUGGAUGUGAGCCCUGACCAGACGAGCCCCAUUGAGCUGAACAAGACUGUGAAAUUCACCUGCCACGUGAAGGGCUUUUACCCAGCAAAUGUGGCUGUUUCCUGGCUGGAGAAUGGGAUGAAGAUGAAGGUGCAGAACGACUCCCGGCCAUCGCUGUUGCGCCAGGGCUUGUUGGAGCUGAGGAGCCAGGUGGAGGUGCAAGCGACAGAGGAGAGGAACGGGUCCGUGUUCACCUGCCAGGUGGUACACGAUGGUCAGGCCCCUGUCAACCAGUCAGCCAUCCUGUGGAUCGCCAGCCCGGAUGAGAAGGGACCAAGCAAGUGGUCCCAGAUAAACAGUGGUGCGUCAAAGCUGGGUGGGGUGCCUGCCAGGGUGGCUGUAUGGUGUAACCCCCUGAGAAAGCUCAAAGUCCCAGAAGAGGCUCCUUGUGUGAACCUUUCAUCCAGCCUCCUCCUCCUGUGGCUUGGCAUGCUGCUGGAGAAGGGAAUCCUCGGUGGGGUCCUCUUCUUCCUCUUCAAGCGCACGAAGAAGGAAGCGCUGGGGAUGCUGACCUGUCCCACUGUUCCUCAAGGCGGGUCCCAGGGCUUGGCCACCACCAGCCAUGUCGUGUGAGCCCGGAAAUAAACG